AUGCUGUCUACCAGGAAGCACGGUACCAGUACCCUGACCAUAAAGGAAAUCCUGGAAAAUGGGUUUGUGGCCGGUGCCCCCAGCCAUGCCCAUUCUUCUCCUGGCCACAGUUAUUACAUGGACAAUAGCAGUGCCUCCAAACCAGACACCUGGGAACUUCUCAUGGACUCGGACAACACAACAAAAGGCAGUUCUCUGUGUGUUGUCAAGCAGUCGGAGUCUCUGAGCAGCUCUGUGAAGACUGACCUGCAAAGCGUGACCCAUGGUGUCUCUGACCUCAGUCUUGUCUGCUUCUGCAAGACCCACCAUGGUCAGGCCACCUUUGACCUGUCCGGUUUGCCUUGUGAGCACCUCAGCAGAGCCGGCUGCCUGAUGGACAUGGCAUCGCAGAACACCUCAACGCCGUGCAAGAAAGAAAAGCACCCCAAACUGCUGGAGAACCUGCUCUCCAAGAGCACUGAGCUCAUCAGCGACCUCUCAACCCUUGGGAAGACACCAGCACCCAGAUGGGAAAUCUCAGCCAUAAAAGCCUCCCUGGACACCAGCCUGUCCCUUGAUGUCAGCACUGAGGAGCUACAGCUACUGGGAUGCUCCAAACUGGACAUGCCAUCCCUGGAGACCUCUGUAGUAAUUCCUCUGGCUUGGCCUGGUGCUUUCAAGAGGCACCCUAUGCUGAUCCACAGGUCUGCUACCCCUGAGACCCAGCUGAGCGAUCAUGAGCCCAUCCCUGUGUUUCUGCAUCAGGCUCAGUGA